GUCUUAAUCAAAAGUUAAACUUAGCCAAGUGAAUGACCAUCGUUCAAUUCGUUCAUCCCUGUCGCCCCCCUGUCCUUCAAACAACACUCGCCGGCGGGAACAAUGGAGAGGAAUAGUCCGGCGCCCCCAACCCCAUCCUAUACCCUACAUCGCACGGCCGAAGCAGGAGCACCGGCCCCCCUGGACCCUCCUGCAGAUCCGACCCUGGCUGGCAACUCCGCGAGUUUCUUCACGCUUUACGGAUAUGAUAUGCUGUUGGGGUUAAUUGCCGCGUUUUAUGUCUUAGCUGUACCCUACACUAAGGUUGAAGAAAGCUUUAACGUUCAGGCCAUGCACGAUGUUUUAAUCCAUAGAUAUCACUUAGAAAAGACUUGAAUUUGCUACCUUUGAUGAACAAUGCCAGUAUGAUCAUUUUGAAUUCCCUGGAGUUGUUCCUCGCACAUUUAUUGGUGCCUUCUUUGUAUCAAUAUUGGCAUCUCCCAUUGUUGCAGCAAUGAGUUUGGUACAUUUGCCAAAGAUUUAUAGUCUUUAUGUGGUUAGACUGGUGUUAGGUUGCAUCACUUUAUUUACAUUGCGUUUUUUUAGGAAACAGAUCAGGAAGACAUUUGGACGUCAAGUUGAAGCUUUUUUUGUGAUACUUACAGCUUCUCAGUUUCAUAUGCUUUUUUACUGCACUCGGCCUCUUCCCAAUGUAUUCGCAUUUUGUUUAGUUAAUUUGACAUAUGGUUUUUGGCUCAAUGAGAAUUUCCAUGCAGCGUUGAGAUGUUUGAUUUUUUCCACAAUCAUCUUCAGAUGUGAUAUUUUAUUGCUUCUUGCUCCAUUCGGCCUGCAACUAUUGCUGACGAAUUCAAUCUCUCUGUGGAAGGCAAUGAUAUCCUGCCUGAGAACUGCUCUAUGCUGCAUAGGUCUGACAAUAAUCGUUGACUCUGUCAUGUGGAGGAGGCUAUUAUGGCCUGAGUUUGAGGUUUUCUGGUUCAACUCUGUGUUGAAUCGGAGUUCUGAGUGGGGUACACAUUCCUUUCAUUGGUAUUUCACUUCAGCACUGCCCCGCUCAUUACUUGCUUCCUAUCCGCUCUUCAUUCUUGGAGCCCUACUAGACAGAAGGAUUGUUUUCUACAUUCUUCCAGUUCUCUCAUUUGUACUACUGUACUCAAAACUUCCACACAAGGAACUCCGUUUCAUUAUUAGUUCCAUCCCAAUCCUCAACUUAUCAGCAGCAGUUGCAGCAAGCAGAUUGUAUAAUAACAGGAGAAAGAGUGUUUGGAAUAUUCUUUACAUUGGUAUGCUGGGAUUGAUCUUGGGGAGUCUAGGAUGCACACUGGUUUUCUUCAUGGCAUCAUAUGAAAACUAUCCUAGUGGUCAUGCUUUAAAAGCCUUGCACGUCAACAUGUUGAACCAUGAAAAUGAAGUCCUUGUUCAUAUUGAUACCUUCUCAGCAAUAAAUGGAAUUUCACGUUUUGGUGAAAAUGGAUAUCCUUGGAGGUACUCUAAAGAGGAAGAUAUUUCUUUGGAAGAGUUCCAAAACCGAAAUUUCACAUUCCUGUUAAACGAGCACUCUGACAUCAAGGGUUUCAAGUGUCUUUUCUCUGUAAAUGGAUUUUCUGGAGUUCGCUUCCAAAAUGGAUUCCCUCCUAUAUCAAUGAUAAAGGAACCGAAAGUGUUUGUUCAUGGUAAUAUAAGAAAUGCCGAUAUCAUACAUAGACGUUGGCCUGGAUGCACCACUCUAUAUUGAAAGGAUCGUGUUAGUUUGUAAAGAAAUGAGAUACAUUCCCUAACAUCAUUGGUGACAUGGGAAAGAAAAAUGUUUAAAUAGCAAAUAUUACAGUUUGAAAGUCUCUGCACAAUAUGCUACUGUACUGUGAGGGUUAUGAACUAGGAGUUAUUUUGUUUCUGUAUUUAUAACUGAGCCUUAUUUAUACCAGUUUGGAACUCCUACAUCCAAUAUCUAAGAAUGCCUUGGAAUUUUG